AUGAUGACAAAUAACCUUGAUCGGCUGAGCCUGGCAGCCUUUGCUCUGCUCGCUAGCCAGGCCAGCAUCACGGGCGCCUCCAGCAUGCGCCGCGUCACUCGCUCCUCCUCCAUCGACUCCCCCUCAGCCGCCGGCCUGGUUGCCCGCGCGGCCCAACACGAACCCUGCUGGUCAGUUAUCUCCUUGAACCCCAAGGAGCACGGCUGCAAGGCGGCCGAGCUCGCCGUCAACGGCACAUGUCAGCCGCUCACUUUUGGCGACGCUCUCGAGUCGUGCCCCGACGGCUGCGAGCCGGGCCAGUGGUGCGACGAAGGAAAAUGCGAGCCCAUCCAGAUCAUCCUUGACCCGCUGCAUUGCGGCGAUAUCACGCCCGUCGAGCUCGCUCCCGGCGAAAUCUGCGUCAACGGUGUUGCCAUCGCUCUCGGCCUCACCGAGGAUCCUUAUGUCUGCGGCCCUGGCAAGGACAAAACCAAAGCCUGCGAUCCCGGCAACUACUGCGACCACGGCGUCUGCACUCCCAUCACCCUCGGCUCAUCCACCGUUAUUGUCGGCACCGAUCCCUACCACUGCGGCGUUGACGCUGCCACCUGCGAGCCAGGCCAGAUAUGUGUCGACGGCGGGUGCCACGAUGUUGCUGUCGGCCAGCCACUCAACAAGUGCAAGAAAGAAGAUUUGCACCCCGGCACAUUCUGCUGGGAGUCCGACAUUGUUCCCAUGCACAUCAGCACCUACCCCGGCAGUUGUCCCGAGGGCCAGGUCUCCGUUUCGGGUAUCUGCUUUGGCGACCUGCCCAAGACUUGUGAGCCACAAGGCGGCUCUGGGUCUGGGUCUGGGUCAUCUUCAGGAUCUAGCUCGGGCUCUGGCAGCCCCAGCUCCGGCACGGUCAAGGGGUCCGCGCAGUACGGUGGCUGGUUCCCCGAUGCCGGUUACGGAAGCGUGCAACACAACGGGCAGUGGUAUAACUUUGGCCGCCCCUCGAGUUGCGGCGACAAGUCGUGCGGUCCCAACUCUUUCUGCUGCGGCAACACAUGCCUGCCGCUGGGCGGCGGCAGCGAAUUUCAGGGAUGCGGCAGUGGCUGCUCAAAAGGCGAAUUCUGCUACCGCGAGAGCUGUCGUCCCGUCUAUAUCGGCCAGCCCGGCGGUGGACCUGACGGCGAUUACGUCUUUGACUGUCCUUGCGGCGACACUGUUUGCGGACCCAACGAGGUCUGCAUUGGCGGCGCCGUCUGUGUUGACCUGACACCCGGCAAUCCAGACAGCUGUGGCUCCUACGGUGCUUGUCCUCCUUCCUUCGUCUGCCUCAAAGAUACCUGCAUCCCUGGAGGAGGAGGAGGAGGAGGAGGAGGAGGAGGAGGCGACGGCGAACCUGGUGUCUGCAACCCCACCUGCGCCAACGACGAAACAUGUGUCGAAGGCGCCUGCGUCUCGCUCGCCCAGCCUGGAGGAUGCGAUCCCGCUUGCGAAGGCGACGAUAGCUGCCUCAACGGUGUCUGCAUUCCCCCCGUGGGACCCGGCUGCAGCCCUCCUUGCGGUCCGCUCUCGACGUGCGCCAACGGUGUAUGCGUGCCCAUUGUUGGCCCGAAUGUCUGCUUCCCGCCUUGCGACAGCGACGACACGUGCAUCAAUGGCGUCUGUGUCCCUGAUGCUGGCCCUGACUGCAACCCUGCCUGCUCUGGCACUGAUACAUGCAUCAACGGCGUCUGUGUUCCUGUCGUGGGACCUGUCGCCUGUGAUCCGGCUUGCGAGUCCGGCUUCCAGUGUGUUGACGGCCAGUGCGUUCCCGUCGUGGGUCCUGUCACUUGCGAGCCUUCGUGCCCUCCCGGCUCGACCUGCGUCAACGGCGUUUGCGUUCCGCUUGUCGGACCCGAGACUUGCGACCCUGCAUGCACUGGCGGCGCGACGUGUCUCAACGGCGUCUGUGUUCCCCCUGUUGGCCCUGUCUGCGAUCCUACCUGUGCGCCUGGCUCGGUCUGUGUCAAUGGCCAGUGUGUUCCCGUUGUCGGACCUGACACUUGCACUCCCGCCUGCGAUUCAGAUGAGGUUUGCCUGAACGGCGUCUGCAUUCCAUCAACCAACCCUCCCGGCACCUGCGAUCCCGCAUGCACAGGAGACGACUCUUGUGUCAACGGCGUCUGCGUCCCUCCCGUUGAUACCUGCGCCCCAGCUUGCACUGGCCUCGAUACAUGCAUCAACGGAGUGUGUGUGCCGCCGGUCGGCCCCGACACAUGCGAUCCGGCAUGCACCGGAACUGACACGUGCGUCAACGGCGUUUGUGUCCCCACCACCGGCCCCGUGUGCGACCCACCUUGCGGCUCCGAUGAGCUUUGCGCUAACGGCGUUUGCGUGCCGGUGACUCCACCUUCCGGAUGUAACCCCGCUUGCGGACCCGGCUUCAUCUGCGGACCGGACGAUACGUGUCUGCCCAUCAUCGAUCCGCCCACUUGCAAUAUUGACCCGGCGGCGGCUGUCGGUCGUCGUCAGACGGGAUCCUGCCCACCUGGUACGACUUGCGCCAUGGGUCCCACCGGUCCCGUGUGUGUGCCGAAUCCUCCCGACACCUGCACGAAUGACUCCGAGUGCGACAACGGAGAGCAAUGCGUUGAGGGUAUUUGCAUCGUCCUGCCGAACCCUGGCUUCUGCGAGCCAGCCUGUACUGGCACCGACACCGGCGUUCGUGUGCCUGACCAGCCGCCCACGUGCAACCCCGAGUGCGCAGAGGGCUCUACCUGCAUCCUUGGUGUCAACGGCAUCUCCGUCUGCGUGCCAGAUGUGACGCCUCCCGCCUGCGAACCCGAGUGUGGCGAUGGCUUCACCUGUGCCCUCGGUGUCGGCGGUGUUGGCGUCUGCAUCCCCGAUACCAACCCUGGCUGUGAGCCGGCCUGCAGCAGUACCCAGACUUGUGUCGCCAAUACCUGCGUCCCCGCCACCUGCAACCUGCCCACUGUCAGUGGUCUGGCCCUCGGCAAGCGUCAGCAGGGCGACUGUCCUGAUGGCUUCACCUGUGCUGUCGGCGCUGGCGGCACUGGCGUCUGUGUGCCAACCGUUGAUCCUGAUGUCUGCAACCCGACCUGUGCUGCUGGGUCAACCUGCAUUAACAACAUCUGCGUUCCUGACACAUGCACCAUUCCCAACGAGAGCAUCGGGGUCUUGAAGCGUCAGACACAAGGAACCUGCCCUGACGGCUUUAACUGUGUCAUCGACAUUGGCGGCGUCGGCGCUUGUGUGCCUGAUCUCGGCCCUGAAGUGUGCAACCCAGCCUGCGGGCUUGGCUUCACCUGUGUUGAUGGACAGUGCGUGCCUCAGACGUGCACCAUCAGUAUCGGCGUCAACGUUCUCAAGAGACAGACACAGGGUGAUUGUCCUGAUGGAUUCGUUUGCGCCCUCGGCUUAGGCGGCAUCUCCGUCUGCAUCCCCGACCUGACGCCACCGACUGGUUGCUCUCCCGCUUGCACCACAGGCCAGACUUGUGUCAACAACGCCUGUGUGCCGCAGACUUGCAUCAUCGAAGUGGGCUUGCGUCUCGGUAGACGCCAAUCUCAGGGUAACUGUCCCGAUGGCUUCCUCUGCGUCGUUGAAAUUGGUGGCGCAAGCAUCUGCGUACCAGAUCUCACGGACCCUGAGACUUGCACCCCGGCUUGCUCAGGUGACAAUACCUGCGUCAGCGGUGUCUGCGUGCCCAACACCUGCACAGUAGCCCUCGACAUCAACAAGAGACAGACCCAAGGUGACUGUCCCGACGGCUUCAACUGUAUCGGCAGUGUCUGUGUACCUGUCGUCACCCCUCCCGUCUGUUCUCCCACGUGCAAUGCUGGUUCGACAUGCGUCGACGGUAUCUGCGUGCCAAACACGUGCAGUCUGCCUCUGUUCCGUCGCUUUGGCAAGCGACAGAACCAGGGUGACUGUCCUGAUGGCUUCCUCUGCACCGUUCCCGUUGGUGGUGGUCCCAGUGUCUGUCUGCCUGAUACAACACCCGAGACCUGCAACCCAACCUGCGCAGCCGGCUCCGAGUGUGUGGGCACGACGUGCGUGCCUCUCGGGUGCACGAUUCCCGCGCCUACUCUCAAGAUGGCGAAGCGUCAGUCCCAGGGCACUUGUCCCGACGGCUCGGUCUGUACGAUUCUCACAGGUGACACUGGAACUUGCACGCCCGAGAUUCCCAACACCUGCACGCCAGACUGCCCGACAGGAACCACCUGCAUCACCGGCCAGUGUCUUCCCCAGGUGUGCACCCUCCCCGAGUUGACGAGGUUCACGAUGAAGCGCCAAGUCCAGGCCGACUGUCCUGACGGCUUCACCUGCACCGUCGCCACCGGCAACACGGGAACCUGCACCCCUAACGUCCCCGCCACCUGCACGCCCGCCUGCGGAACCGGCACCACCUGCGUCGGGACCGUCUGUGUGCCGCAGUCCUGCACCGUCUCCGUGGGCAUCCCCAGGGCGAAGCGCCAGGUCCAAGGUGAUUGUCCUGAAGGCUUCCAGUGCGACGUCAUCGCCGGCGGUGUCGGAACCUGUCAGCCCGUGACGCAGCCAGACAACUGCGGCGAUACCGGCGGGCCCUGUACUGGCGGGCUCAUCUGCGUCGAUGUUGACGUUGGCGGCAUCUCUGCUGACGUCUGCAUCCUGCCACGAUUUUGCGUUCCCGUUCUUAAUACUUUCUGUGACGCAGGCGAGACGUGUCGCCUUCAGGUUGGGGACGGUGGCUUGACGGCCUGCGUCCCGGACACGCCUACCGGCCUGACUUGUUCGCCAGCAUGCAGCUCGACCGAGACCUGCACAGCGCCAGUCAGCGGCACCGGACCCAACACCUGUGAGCCGAACAACACACCGGCCAACUGCGGCGAUACCGGCGGGCCCUGUACUGGUGGGCUUAUCUGUGUUGAAGCCGAUGCCGGUGGUAUCUCUGCCGAUAUCUGCAUCCUUCCGCGUGCCUGCGUCCCUAUCGGCAACACGGGCUGUGAUGUAGGCGAGACGUGUCGCCUUCAGGUCGGAGGCGGUAGCCUUACGGCCUGCGUUCCGGAUACUCCCCCUACAGGCCUCACCUGCUCACCAGCCUGCGAAUCUGACGAAACUUGCACAGCGCCUAUUAGCGGCACUGGGCCUAAUACCUGUGAGCCGAACAAUACGCCGGCCAACUGCGGUGAUACCGGCGGGCCCUGUACUGGUGGGCUCAUCUGUGUUGAAGCCGAUGCCGGUGGUAUCUCUGCUGAUAUCUGUCUCCUCCCGCGCAUCUGCAGCCCUAUCGGCAACACCGGCUGUGACGUUGGCGAGACUUGUCGCCUCCAGAUUGGAGGUGGUAGUCUGACGGCUUGUGUGCCGAAUACUCCUGGCGGUCUAACCUGCACGCCGGCUUGCGACUCUGCCACCGAGACUUGCACAGCGCCUGUCAGCGGCACCGGGCCCAACACUUGUGAGCCGAACACAGUAACCCCGAGUAACUGUGGAGAUACAGGCGGGCCCUGCACUGGUGGGCUCAUUUGUGUUGAAGCCGAUGCCGGGGGCAUCUCUGCCGAUAUCUGUAUCCUCCCGCGUCUCUGCGUCCCUGUUAGCAACACCGGCUGUGACGUUGGCGAGACCUGUCGUCUCCAACUCGGCGGCGGCACCCUCACGGCAUGCGUACCCGAUACUCCUCCCGCUAGUCUUACAUGCACGCCGGCUUGUGACUCUGCCACCGAGACUUGCACAGCACCUGUCAGCGGCACCGGGCCCAACACUUGUGAGCCGAACACGGUAACGCCGGCGAACUGCGGCGACACUGGUGGGCCCUGCACUGGUGGUCUAAUCUGUGUUGAGGCUGACAUUGGCGUCGCCUCUGCUGAUAUUUGCAUCUUCCCACGAGCCUGCACUCCUAUUACCAACUUUGGUUGCGAUGCAGGCGAAACAUGCCGCCUCCAGCUCGGCGGUGGCAGUCUCACGGCCUGUGUGCCAAGCACAUCGAACACAGGCCCGGUUUGUACACCAGGAUGUCUGGCUACCGAGACGUGCACAGCACCGAUCAACGGUGAAGGCCCGAAUACCUGCGAGCCGAACAACACACCUGCAGCAUGUGGCGAUACUGGUGGCCCUUGCACAGGCAGUCUGAUCUGUGUUGAGGCUGAUGUUGGCGUCGCCUCUGCUGACAUCUGUAUCCUCCCACGAGCCUGUACUCCCAUUACCAACUUUGGUUGCGAUGCAGGCGAAACAUGCCGCCUCCAGCUGGGCGGUGGCAGUCUCACGGCCUGCGUGCCCAGUACAUCGAACACGGGCCCUGUUUGCAACCCAGGAUGUCUCGCGACCGAGACGUGCACUGCACCCGUGAGCGGAACGGGACCGAACACGUGUGAGCCGAACGAAGUCACGACGCCCCAGCCCCUCGUCUGCACGCCUAGCUGCACGUCCACCCAGACAUGCACUGCCCCCAUCAGCGGAACGGGCCCGAACACGUGCGUGCCGAACAACUCGCCAGCGACGUGCGAUGCCGACGGGGAUUGCGGCUCGGGUCUCAUCUGCGUCUCCCUCGGUCUUGGCAGCACGUCGGCGAACAUUUGCAUCCUUCCAAACGGCUGCAUCCCUGUCCUCAACUUGGGUUGCACCAGUUCUCAGCGGUGUGUGGUUUCGCUCAGCGGUGGCGGCCUUUCAGCCUGUGUCCCCUUGUAG